AUGUCUUCUCAUACAACAAUAACUACCGAUAGAGAAACUAAAGAGAUUUCUCAUGCAAAUCUUAAACCAUUAUUUGAAACAGCGGAUAUUCUAUUGGGUGGGAUACAAUCGUUAAAUGAUGACAUUCAACAUGUUAGUUCAGAGUUACUUCACCAUGAAAAUUCAAUACGAUACUUGUCCGAUGGCUUAUCAAAAAUGAAAAUCGCUAUCGAAGAAACACAUUCAUCAAUAGAUGCUCAAACAGUCAAUCAACAAAUAUUUGAAGAAAGUAUCAAUUCACUUCAACAACAGCUUGAUGAUUUGAAGAAUAUUUCCACUGAUGGCACACUGAUAUGGAGAAUUGCAAAUGUUCAAAAGAAAAUGAUUGAUGCUGAGUGUGAACGGCAGACAUCUAUUUAUUCUCCUGUAUUCUAUUCAUCACCGAAUGGUUAUAAGAUGCGAUUUCGUCUAUAUUUGGCCGGAGAUGGUAAUGCUCGACGCACUCAUAUGUCUCUUUUCUUUGUACUGAUGCGUGGGGAAUAUGAUUCGGUGCUUCAAUUUCCUUUCAGUUACAAAGUAACAUUUUGUCUCUUUGAUCAAACUUCUCAACAACGACAUAUUAUCGAUUCAUUUCGACCAGAUGUGAAAUCAAGCAGUUUUCAAAGGCCUUGUUCAGAUAUGAAUAUCGCUUCUGGUAUACCUAAAUUUGUACCUUUAACAAUAAUACAACAGGAUAGCAAUCCCUAUGUUCGUGAUGAUAUUAUGUUUAUCAAAGCUAUAGUGGACUUUGAUGAGUUGCCAAAGUCAUUGGUACCAUAUAAAUUAAGUCUUAAUCCUGGUUUACCAAUUCUAAUUCAGCAAGAAUGGAUCAGACGUGAAUCUGAAAAACGAGCACAAGAAAAAUUAUUGCUCCAUCUAAAAUUUAACAAUGCAGAGAUCGAUUGUACCAUCUAUACCAAUGAUCUUAAAAUUAUUAAUCUAAAUCCAUUUUAUGUUUCACUUAAUUUUUAUCCUUCAUCUACAUCCAUAAAGCUCAAUUAUGAAUCACAAGUUACAGAUUUCAAUAUAUUUAAUAAUGUUAAUCCAUCUUCAAAUAUAUAUUGUUUGAAAAAUUUAGAAAAUCUUCAAUUAGUAAAUACAAAUCUAACAAUAUUAUCUGACAUAAAAAAUUUUCAAAAAUUAACAUCAUUAUUAAUUCAAUCGGAUAAUGGUAUUAUUGGUCAACAUUUACCAUCGGAAUUAGGAGAAUUAAUAUCUUUAUCAUAUUUAAAAUUAUUUGAUAUUAAAAAUCUUGAAGAUUUACCAAAUGAAAUUGAUCAUUUAAUUCAAUUACGAAUAUUAAUAUUACAGAAUAUUCCAAAUUUUAAUAAAAUACCUGAUGAAAGUAUGGGUAAAUUAAUUAAUCUUAGGGUUUUAAAUUUAAUUGAUUUACCAAAUUUAUCGACUAUUCCAUCAACAAUAAAAAAUUUUCAAUCAUUAAUACAAUUUGAAAUAACUAAUACAAAUAUUAAAAAUUUAGAAUUAGCAAAUCUUAAUGGAUUAUCUACUUUAACUAUAAAAUCUAAUUCAAUAUUACAAACGAUUGAAAUUGUUAAUAUGUUAUUAUUAGCUUCCAUUGAAAUUCAAAAUAAUAAUGAAUUAUUAACAUUAAAAUUUCAAAAUUUAUCUUCAUUAUCAUCAUUAACAAUGUUAUCAAAUUCAAAAUUAACUUCUUUAGAUAUGGAAAAUAUAUCAAUUCUUCAAACAAUUUCAUUAAGUGAUAAUAAACAAUUUAAAAUAGCAACAUUCAAAAAUUUAUCUCAUUUAAAUAGUAUUAAUUUUUCAUUUUUAGCUAAUUUUGAAUCAAUUUCAUUUGAAAAUACACCAACAUUAUCAACUGUUAGUAUAACAGCAAGUAGUCUAUUGAAAAAUAUUUCAUUUCUUAAUGUACCAUCAAUUAUAAAUCUUGAUUUAUCUGGAUGUCAAUUAACAACUUUUCCAGAAAGUAUUUUAACAUUAAAAUCUUUAGUCAAUUUAAUUUUAAAAGUAAAUCAAUUAUCAACAUUACCAUUAACAUUAUCAAUUGAUUUACCAAAUUUACAAGUUCUUGAUUUAUCGAGAAAUAAUUUUCAAGGAAAUAUUUUUCAACAAUCACCAUUAAUUUAUCUUCGUGAACUUUAUUUAAGUAAUAAUUCUUUGGUAUCUAUCGAUGGUAUUGGAGAAUAUGAAUCUUUACGAAAUUUAGAUUUAAAUUAUAAUAAAAUUUUAUCAAUUCCACUUGAAAUUACGGAAUUAUCAUUGACAUUGAAUAGCUUAACAAUUAAUUAUAAUCAAUUGCAUAGUAUUCCAUAUCAAAUGACAAAUAUGAGAGGAUUAACCUCACUUAUAGCCACCUAUAACAAUAUUUCGGAUAGUGAACGACAAUAUCUUUAUCAAAUAUUUAAUCCAACAACUAUACAAUUUAUUAUUUAA